AUGAGUACACCUUACGGUUUAGAUUUUGGUAAUAGUAGUUCUGUUCUAGCAGUUGCUAGGAAUAGGGGCAUUGAUGUUGUUGUCAAUGAGGUUUCUAAUCGUUCAACUCCUACAAUUGUGGGAUUUGGUGAGAGGAAUAGAUACUUAGGAGAGUCUGGUAAGACAAAACAGACUUCAAAUAUUAAGAAUACUGUUGACAAUUUGAAAAGGAUCAUUGGAAUGAAUUACGAUGAUCCAGAUUUUGCAAUUGAAUCAAAGUUUUUUAAUUCAAGUUUGGUUAAGCUAAAGGAUGGGAAAGUUGGUGUUAAGGUUAAUUUAAAUGGUGAUGAAAAGGUUUUUACAGCUACUCAAAUUGCUGCUAUGUUCAUUGGGAAAUCGAAACAAAUAGUCGAAGAUGAAACUAAAUCAGAAAUCACUGAUAUUUGUAUAUCAGUACCUUCUUGGUACAAUGAAGAACAACGUUAUGCAAUGGCAGAUGCUGCUAAAAUUGCUAAUUUGAACCCUGUUAGAAUUGUUACUGAUACCACUGCUGCUGCUGUCUCAUAUGGUGUCUUUAAAACCGAUCUUCCUGAGGCUGAAGAACCUCCAAGAGUUGUAGCAUUCAUUGAUAUUGGCCAUUCUACAUAUACUUGUUCUAUCGCUAAAUUUAAAAAUGGUGAAUGUAGAAUAGUUGGUACUGCAUUUGAUAAACAUUUUGGUGGCAGAGACUUUGACCAUGCAAUUACUGAACAUUUUGCAGAUGAGUUUAAGGACAAAUAUGAGAUUGAUAUUAGAUCAAAUCCAAAGGCUUAUAAUAGAGUUUUAACAGCGGCAGAAAAAUUGAAAAAAGUCUUGUCCGCAAAUACAACAGCUGUGUUUAAUGUCGAAUCUGUUAUGAAUGAUAUCGAUGUCUCUUCCCAAAUGACAAGAGAAGAAUUGGAAGAAUUAGCACAACCUUUAUUAAACCGUAUCAAUAGCCCAAUUACUAGGGCACUGAAUCAAGCAAAGCUAACCCUUGAUGACAUUGACUUUGUAGAGAUGAUCGGUGGUACGACUCGUAUUCCAGCUAUAAAAGACUCUAUUUCAAAGGCAUUUGAUAAACAAUUAUCCACUACGUUAAAUCAAGAUGAAGCUGUCGCAAAAGGUGCUGCAUUUAUUUGUGCUAUACAUUCUCCAAUUUUAAGGGUAAGACCAUUCAAAUUUGAAGAUAUCCAUCCAGUUUCUGUUUCUUACUACUGGGAUAAACAAGGUGAAGAUGAAGACCAUUUAGAAGUUUUCCCAGCUAAUUCUUAUUAUCCAUCCACUAAGAUGAUUACAUUACAUCGUACAGGGAAUUUCCAUAUGAAGGCAAAAUACACCAAUAAGGGAAGUGUACCUACCAGUGGUCAAUCAACGAUUGCUAAAUGGGAACUUAAGGGUGUUAAACUACCAAAGGGUGCUGAGUUAGUCCCAGUAAAGAUAAAAUUGAGAUGUGAUCCAUCGGGGUUCCAUACUAUUGAAGAAGCGCAUACUUUAGAAGAUGUCACUGUCGAAGAGCCAAUUCCUUUACCAGAAGAUGCACCAGAAGAUGCAGAACAAGAGUUUAAAGAAGUUAUCAAGACAGUUAAGAAGGAUAAAUUAUCGAUUAAAGCUCGUACUUUUGGUCUACCUACCAGUAAACUAAAUGAAUAUAUUGAAUUAGAAAAUGAAUUGAUAGCUCAGGAUAAGUUAAUCGCAGAAACAAUUGAACGUAAGAAUGAAUUAGAAGAAUACAUCUAUUCCUUACGUUCGAAAUUAGAAGGAGACUAUGCUCCAUUUGCAUCUAGUAAUGAGAAGGCUAAACUUAAUGACAUGCUUACCAAAUCUGAAGAUUGGCUAUAUGAUGAAGGGUACGAUACAACUAAAAGUGAAUACGUUUCUAAAUAUGAAGAAUUAGCCUCUAUGGGAAAUAUAAUCAAGACUAGAUAUCUUGAAGAUGAAGAGAAGAAAAGGAAACUUGCAAAAGCUAAGCAGAAUCAGUCAUCAGAAGAUGCCGGUGACGAUGCUGACGUAGAAAUGUCGUAA